GCCAAACACGCCAUUAAGGCCGGUUGUGAACCCCUCUUUCCUACAGAGACCGAAACCGCAAGCUCAUUUUCAAUGGGCUCCCUAAAACCCUAAUCCUAGACCCAAACCCAAACCCUAAUCUCUCCUCACAUUUCUCGCUAUUCCGCUCCAUGCACACCCAAACCAUAGAUCGGCCAUGGAUUUGGAUCCCACUCAAGGUCAAUCACUGAACCUGGACCUUACCAAAUCCACUGCUUCUUUAUCUUCUUCAAUUUCAAGGCUCUCGCGUUCUUCCCGGGCUGUGCCUUCGGACAAAGACUUCCAUUUCUUCCACAACUUUGAAGAGUUCAGAGCACCCGUGAAGGAAAUCGCAGCGGCGUCGCAGGCGAUGCUCCAGAUGAUUGGGUCUUCUGCGGAUAUUUGGGGCAGGGAGAUGGCGUAUCCUGAAGACGCCGACGAGGGGUACGAAUGGGUGGUGGACAGGAACGAUGAGGCCUACGACCGGUUCGAUGCAGCGGCGGAGGAGUUUAGGGGGCUGAGGCUGAAGCAAGAGCAAAGCCGAAUUGAUUCCGGGGAUGGGUUUCAGUUGGUGUGUGGGAGGAAGAAGAAAUGGGGGCAGUCGGAGAUGGGGCAAGAUUCAACUGUGGUAGCACAUUCAAAUGUGGCCCUUGCGGUGAAGGAUAAGAGAACGGUUGGCCCGGCAGCGAGGCCGAGGGUGCCGUUUCACAUACCGACAAUUCCACGGCCUCAGGAUGAAUUUAAUAUAUUGGUGAAUAAUUCGAACCAGCCAUUCCAGCAUGUUUGGUUGCAGAGGAGUGACGACGGCUUGCGGUUCAUACAUCCCCUGGAGAAGCUCUCUCUGCUGGAUUUUGUCGACAAAAAUAUUGGGGAUCUUAUGCCUGUAAUGCCACCUUCUAUUGAGGAUACCCCAUUCAAGCUUGUUGAAGAAGUUAGGGAUUUGAAGGAACUAGCUGCUAAGUUGUGCUGUGUGAAUGAAUUUGCGGUUGAUCUGGAACAUAAUCAGUAUCGAUCUUUUCAAGGGUUGACUUGCUUGAUGCAAAUCUCUACUAGGACUGAGGAUUUUGUUGUUGAUACACUAAAGCUUCGCAUUCAUGUUGGUCCAUAUUUGAGGGAGGUCUUCAAAGAUCCAACAAAGAAAAAGGUUAUGCACGGGGCAGAUCGGGAUAUCAUUUGGCUUCAACGGGAUUUUGGCAUAUACAUCUGCAACAUGUUUGAUACCGGACAGGCCUCAAGGGUACUGAAAUUGGAAAGAAAUAGUCUGGAGCACCUUCUGCACCACUAUUGUGGAGUCACUGCUAACAAAGAAUAUCAGAAUGGAGAUUGGAGAUUACGUCCUCUCCCCCAUGAAAUGCUCAGAUAUGCUAGGGAAGAUACACACUAUUUACUGCAUAUAUAUGAUUUAAUGAGAACCCAAUUGCUCUCAAUGGCUGAGCUGGAGAAUUCUAAUGCUCUUUUACUUGAGGUGUACAAACGCAGUUUUGAUAUUUGCAUGCAGCUUUAUGAGAAGGAGCUUUUAACUGAUAGUUCAUAUCUCUAUACAUAUGGAUUGCAGGGGGCUCAUUUCAAUGCUCAGCAGCUUGCUAUAGUUGCAGGCCUUUUUGAAUGGCGAGAUGUGGUUGCUCGUGCUGAGGAUGAAAGUACUGGUUAUAUAUUGCCCAACAAAACUCUUCUUGAAAUCGCCAAACAGAUGCCUGUCACAACCAGCAAGUUACGACGAUUGCUGAAAUCAAAGCACCCUUAUGUUGAGCGCAAUCUUGGUCCUGUUGUUAGCAUCAUAAGGCAUUCUAUCCUAAAUGCUGCUGCAUUUGAAGCUGCUGCUCAACAUCUGAAGGAGGGUCACAUUGGAACAGCAUCUGAAGACAAUACAGUUGAUACCACUGGAUUUGAAGCCUUGCCUUCUGAAUCUCCUACAAGCAUAAGGGCUGCGGAUGCUAGAGCAGAAAGUUUUGAUACUGACAAUGUAAUAAAUGGUGGCAAGACUGAUAAACUACAAACUUUUGUGAGUGCUAAAGAAUAUCAUAUGGAGCCUGGAAGCACUAUAGAUGGACCUGGCAGCAAGGGACAAGGAGGUUCUUCUGAGCCUCCUGGUGAAAGUAAAGAAGUGAAGGAUGAAAAGGAUAGUUUCAUUCCAGAAGUUGCAAGAGAAACCCCUGCCAGUUCAGGCCAGAGUAGAGACACAGACACUCAUACAAGUGUGUCGCAGAGUGAGAAGGUUACUGAAGUAACAGUUCAGUUGCUGAAGAAGCCAAACCGCGCCUUUGGAUCACUACUAGGGAAUUCAGCCUCAAAGAGAAAGCUAAAUUCUGAUCCAAAAGGAAAGGAAGACAUCAAGUUGGAGCAGAUAAAAUCUUCAGUGAACCUUCCAUUCCAUUCAUUUUCAGGCGGGAACAGGGAGGAACUGUCAAAACUGGAUACAGAAGAGCAUACUAAAGUCCUAGAAACUCAAGGUUCUGAAGAACCUCUUGCUGUGCCAGCCUCCAGAAAUGAUUUAGAAGAGAUAAUAAUGUUUGAAGAAAACUCAGGGUCUGAUGAAUCAGUAAAUGGCAACUCGGGAGCUGCAAAUGAACAGUUAGAAGGCAAGGAGGAUAAUCCUAAGGGGUCUGGCUUGGAAAUGGAUGAGGGAAAUGAGCCUAUGUCUCUCACUGACUUAUCCUCCGGUUUUCAGAAGUGCUCUCAGUCAUUGAAUGAAACCAGGAAAGCAAGGCGAGUUGAAAAAUCUCAGGAGUCCAAUGGCCUUUUGCAGGUGAAGCCAUUUGACUAUGAAGCAGCGAGGAAACAAGUGAGAUUUGGUGAGGAUCCAGAGGAAUCAAGAGGCAAAGAAGGUCGAGGGGGUCUGGUAGAUUCAGUGAGCAAGAAAAGAAGCUUGGGUAAAGGUAGAGUCCAGGGAGAAGAUGAGACUGGAGAUUACGCACAAGGUAGACGGCGUCAGGCUUUUCCGGCAACUGGGAACCGAAGUGUAACUUUUCGCUGAGUUGGGUAGCAGUUCAUGUUUUAUGCUCUCCUGUCCCUUCAACCAAGAUGUGAAGAGAUGCAUUACAAGUCCCAGUUGCCAAAGAUAUUACAGAGAAUAAGAGGACACAACAACAUAAAGUUUAUUGUGAACUGGGCUAUAUUGUCAUUCUAAGGUGCUGCUGUUUGGUUGGCAAGAAUGUGAUGAUACACCUUUCAUGGAAAAUUUAAUACAACAUUUUCUGGGAGGCCUUUACUUUUUGAGGCUGCUAAAUUUUGAUGAAACUGUAGAAUCCAUAGAAGUUGGUUCUGUAUGCGGUCUGCUCAUGAUAAUGAUCAAAUGAAAGCCUAAGGCAUCUGCUAUCUACAUUUAUGGGCAAAGAACUGAAUUCUAGAGAUGAAAAAGGAUGGAAAGUGAGGUGAUUUGAGAGGGAUAGGGGUUUUGAUAAUAGUGUGUGUUGAUACUUGCCUUUUGAGAUUUUUAAUGAAAAACCAAAUGCAAUGCCAGUAGGUGUGUCCAGUUCCUAGUA